AUGAUCGUGGAAUACGCUGGCUAUUACUUUGAGCCAGUUCUAAUCCAAUCAGCUGAAGGCAAAACUAAUUGGUACAACGUGGUACGUUAAAUGUUAUUGAAGUCCAUUAAAUGUUAUUGUAUUUUACAAACGUUUUUAAUUUUGACUAUGUCCUAAAAAAGUUACAAAAGUUGAAAAUGGUUUGUUUGAUAAUUUUUAAAAACGAAUAUUGCUUUUUCUUCUCUUAGAUAAAAGCUUACCCACCUUCUACAUAUGUAAAUGUUACAGUAUUAAAAACAAUUUUAAAAAUCUUUGUAGCCGGCUCCGGCUUUGUCUUCAACUUUAAUAUAAUAAAAUAACGCUGGAGCUAAAAAUUUUAAAUUAAGAGGUUCAGAAAUUAAAAAUUUUGAGUUAUAAGUAAAACUAAACGUUGCAGGACAAAACUAAUGAAACCACAACGGGAGUAAUCAAUAUGAUUGAGAACUACAAAGUCGACACAGCUUGUAUCUUGUUCCAAAGCAAUUUACCACGCCAACAAAACUUUGAUCUUUCGGAUGUUGUAACAUUUGUAAGUGGUUUUUAAUCUUACAUUACAGCUUCUAAUUUAUUCAUUGAGUUUCUAGUAAACUUGCCUUUUUGGCCAGGUCUAACAGUUUAAGCACGGCUCGGUUUGCUUGAAUUUUGCUUAAGCUAACAAGUAAGCACGGGAGCUAAAGAUAGCUUCUACUCAAUCCUCUGUAGAUAUUAUGGUAAAACUUACUGUUUUAGGUAAACAUGUUCUACAUAACCAAGCCAAAGAAGAAGAACGUGGCUAUGGCGUUAUGGAACGCUUUUAAACCCUAUCAGAUGGCAGUUUGGAACUACUUGGGUAUUGUUUUUGUAGCGCAAUGCAUGUUCGCUGUUGUUGUCGGCAAACUUGAGUGUAUGUUAGGAUGGUCAGCCAAGGUUCGGCCUUUUGAGGUAGGUUUAGCUUUACUUGUACUUCAUAUCUUAAUAAUACUGAUCGUACUCAUAUCUAUUUGAUACUAAAUGUACUCACAUUUUUGGAUAAUACUGAUAGGACUUACAUAUCUGAAUGAUAGUGAUCGUACUUACAGAUUUAAACGAUACUGAUAGUACUUACUCACAUAUCUAACUGACACUGAUAGUACCCACACAUUUUUUAAUUUUUCAGCGUUGCUGGCAAUACCUCCGUCUCCAAAUCCGCCAAUCAAUGGACUAUCACAUUCCUUUCAAACUCAGCGCCGGCAACCUAUCAUUCGUGUUUUACUCAGUAAUUCAAGCUACAUUACUCACUAAUCUCUACUCCGGCAUUAUCUUGUCAGUUCUGAUGAGAGGUGAAUCUCAAAAGCCAUGGGAGUCAUUCGAUGACAUGGUUAAUCUAGUCAAGUCAAAGGAAUACAAGUUUGUUAUGGACAAGAAUACCUAUGAGAACUCAUGGUUCUUUACUGAUUUACAACAUGCUGAAACUGAACACUUGAGAAAGUUGUUUAGUGCUUUGAGUACUACUCCGGUUAGUAUUGUUGAUACUGUUGAAGAUGCUUUGAAUAUGUUGGACUUGGGAGGUUAUAUUAUGGCAGUUCAGGAAGAUAGCUAUUCAAUGUUUUCUUCGACUGAACGGUGUGGAUAUUACUAUUAUAGAGAUGGUAGGUAGGGUAGGGUGGAGUAGGAUAAGAUAGAGUAGAAUAAGACGGAAUAAAGCUGAGUAUUGUAAGGUGAGAUAGGGUAGGAUAGGUUAUAAUGAUUUCAAUGUUGCAGUAGAAGUCUCCAAGCCGGCCUUCUUUAUGUUUGCCAAGAAUAAUCCUUUACUAUCUGGCUUCAACCAUGCUAUACGAAUGAAUCAAAAGUUUAUAGACAGAGCUUUCAGAAAGUACUUUGAUGUGAAUAAGAAAACUGGCAAUAUACCAAGAUGUCCAUUGACUGACGAAGAUAUUCCUGAAGCUGCUAAACAGUUGGGUAAGUUGUUAUAAAUAGGUUUCUAUAGCCGAAAGUUAAGAGAAUGGUAGAAGGGGGGGGAAAAAAAUUUUUUUGAUAUUUUAUAAGACGAGUUUAUUUUACAGUAUCCAAGUCUACUGUAAAAUAAAAAAAAUUAUUUUUAGACUUUUUACUUACAUCUUCUUUCCAGACAUAACCGAGACAUUUGGUAUCUUCCUAGUCAUCUUAAUUGGCUGUGGUGCUUCGGGCAUUGUUUGGGUUUUGGAAAUUGUCUUUUGGUCUCUCUGUGAAUGCUUCAAACGUCUACGAGAUUCACAUAGAAGACGACUGUUUGCUGAGCCGUGGCAAUCGUUGGCAGCGGCCAAAAGCUUUUAUAUUGUACUUGAUAAGGCGGUUGAUGAAAAACCAUUGGAAAAUGGAAAUAUUGCGCCAAAACUAAUGGUCGAUUUGAAGAAAAUAAAUUGA